GCCACAUACUCUGGUGACGUCAGCCGGUGCCGCCAUAUUGGAAAGGCGCCGCCGCCGCCUCUGUCUCGGAGCUCGGGCUGCCUCGGGAACCGUGGCCGCAAGAAGGAAGGAACCCUUUCCUCCCCACUCUCCACCGCCGACGCCCGGCCCGUCUGCUCCAGCCCCAGCGCGCGUCUCCAUGACUGCUCCCGGCCUCGCUGCCGACGGACGUAGCCCCAGCGCCCGAAUUUAACACGGAAGCCCGGUCAGGGGCUGCGGGAGGAGAAGCAGGAGGAGGAGGGAGCCUCGGUCGGUCCCGCGUCCCUCUCGGCUCGGCGCCUUGGCCGGAGCCAUGACCUCGCUGACCCAGCGCAGCUCGGGCCUGGUGCAGCGGCGCACCGAGGCCUCCCGCAACGCUGCCGACAAGGAGCGGGCGGCGGGCGGCGGCGGCGGCGGCAGCGGCGAGGACGACGCGCAGAGCCGCCGCGACGAGCAGGACGACGACGACAAGGGCGACUCCAAGGAAACGCGGCUGACCCUGAUGGAGGAGGUGCUCCUGCUGGGCCUCAAGGACCGAGAGGGUUACACAUCAUUUUGGAAUGACUGUAUAUCAUCUGGAUUACGUGGCUGUAUGUUAAUUGAAUUAGCAUUGAGAGGAAGGUUACAACUAGAGGCUUGUGGAAUGAGACGCAAAAGUCUAUUAACAAGAAAGGUGGUCUGUAAGUCGGAUGCUCCAACAGGGGAUGUUCUUCUUGAUGAAGCGCUAAAGCAUGUUAAGGAGACUCAGCCUCCAGAAACGGUCCAGAACUGGAUUGAAUUACUUAGUGGUGAGACGUGGAAUCCAUUAAAAUUGCAUUAUCAGUUAAGAAACGUGCGGGAACGAUUAGCUAAAAACCUGGUGGAAAAGGGUGUAUUGACAACAGAGAAACAGAACUUCCUCCUUUUUGACAUGACGACACACCCCCUCACCAACAACAACAUUAAGCAGCGCCUCAUCAAGAAGGUCCAAGAAGCUGUUCUUGACAAAUGGGUGAAUGACCCUCACCGCAUGGACAAGCGCUUGCUGGCCCUCAUAUACCUAGCCCACGCCUCGGACGUCCUGGAGAACGCUUUUGCUCCUCUUCUGGACGAGCAGUAUGAUUUAGCCACCAAGAGAGUGCGGCAGCUUCUCGACUUAGACCCUGAGGUGGAAUGUCUGAAGGCCAACACCAGCGAGGUUCUCUGGGCAGUGGUGGCUGCGUUCACCAAGUAACUGCUCAGAAUGACGCCGUCUCUUUUCUCCCAUGUCAACCAAUUUUUUUUUUUUUUCCUAUUGACUUCUGGUUUUCGGCGAUUUGUACUUUACCACACUAUAAUUGGCUUUUGUUUUAUGAAAAUGGUGGGUGUCUUUUUCUUUUUUGUGUACAUAUGCAGGAUUCUGCUGGUACGAGAGGCCUUCCUGUUUCUCUUUUCAAAAAAGUUUUACUGCCAUAUUGGCAUUCCAUUCCCUCUUGUGUUCAGGUGGCUUACCCUUCUCACUUUUACCCGUUUUGGGUUUCUGGUAUGCUUUGACUUUCAAAGUACAUCCAGUUUCCUCAUAUGCACAUCUUUUGGAUUACUUCAGCUUGAGUUUUCCCACAUGUGCAUGUACAUCUAGCCUUCUGCAUACAAUUCAUACAGAAAUCACAAAAAGGCCUUUAACUCACCAAAGGUAAAUAUCUGUAUCUAUUAGGACAUUUUAUACAUAGACCUCAGUUGAGAUGUAUACUUAGCAAAAUUAUUUUUAAAUUGAAACAGCACAGUAAAUACCUAAUAUAAAAUGCCCUCUUGGAUUUUGCUUCCCAUGUAAAUCUAUUGUAUUAUUACACUUGUUGUAAUUUUAACUAUUAAAUCAUAAAGGUCCAGUUGUUUCAGAAAGCCAGUUUGGGAUGGGCUGCAUUCCAUUUAUGUUGUAUAUAGUUUGAAUUAUAUAUGAACUGCCCCUUCUUCUGGCUGCCCUGCCCCCAUCUUAGUAUUUUGCAAGAUUUAAAUAGUUAUACACCUGGUGCCCCUCACUUGCUUCAGUCAUUGUCCUUUGAUGGCAAAAUAGACCUCUCAUCGUUGAAGGAGAGAAAGGAUAUGUGUCUGAUUGAUUGUUCCUGGGAUUUUUUUGAGCUGUGCUGUUCGUAGUACUCUUUGCCUAUGCAUCUCCUUUUUGGAUUUUUUUUUUUGUGGGGGGAUUAAGGGUGGGUGGUGUGUCAUACUAUUUUUAUAAUUUCUAUGAGGAAGAGGCUUGUGACCAGUACUAAUCUUGAGUACAGUUUUUUUUCUUUUUUGGUCCACAGUAAAUUAAUGUCUGUUCUUAAAUGUCAUUUAUCUACUUAUACUUUCUUGUGGGGAAAAAAAAAUCAAAUGUCAAUCCUAGCAGAUGUUGCAUGUAAAUUGUUAGCAAGUAAUGACUACAAGUCAGAUGAUUAAGAUUUUUGUAACAGGAAGCUCUGCUAUGUUUUAAUUUUUAUAUACAAUUAUGAUAAUCAGCACAUUGUAAGAAUAUAAACUUUUGCUUUUAAAAUUUAUUUUUAUUAUUUCUUUAUCACUGUUUAUCAUACAACCAUUGAUUUCAUAAUGUAAAUACUAUACAUUGAACAAAUUAACUGUCAAAUUUUUUAUUACCAGAGUUCAUGUUAAUAGUGGGGCUUUCAGGUGUUUAGGGAUUUUUUGGGUUAACAUUCAAUGCAAAAGUACUAGAUGGUGUAUAGCUCUAGAGUUAAAUUUUAAGGGAUUCCCUAAUAUGUAUACUGUCUUUUUAUCUGAAAUAAUAAACUAUGAUCUUGAAAGUGCCUAAAUCAGA